AUGGCUACUCUGCUAAGCCAAGGGGCCGAAGCAAAGAUCUUUCUAUAUCUUACUGGGCCUAGUUCGUCUCAAAAAAUGGAAGGGAAGCCAAAUAAACUGCCUCUCGGACCUUUUGCUGGAGAUUUCCCUGCCAUAAUGAAACAUCGGUUUACUAAAACUUGGAGAAAUCCUGCCCUCGAUUUUAGGCUAAGAAAAGCUAGGCAUAAGCAAGAGGUGGGAUGCAUGGUAAAGGCCUUCGAGGGAAAUCUUCCUGUCCCUCGAAUUUUAGGUCAAGAUCCGGAUGAAAUGGUUAUUUGGACCGAGUACAUUGAAGGCGAAACCCUAAAGUCAUCCCUUACUUCUGGAUUCCUUAAUGCUUCUGACGGUCAUUUUCCAAUUCUUUACAUUUUCCCGCAAAUAGGGACCAUAGUGGCCAAACUACAUGAUUUGAAUAUUAUCCACGAAGACCUGACGUCGUCCAACAUGAUGAUCAGGAAAGAGGACAAAAAACUGUUUCUGAUUGAUUUUGGUCUUUCUCAUAUCAGUCUCUCCAUGGAGGACAAAGCAGUGGAUCUGUACGUUUUGGAGAGAGCGUUUAUAGCAACGCAUCCGAUGUUGCAAGACAAAAUCCAGCUCAUAUUAGAUAGCUAUUUUGCACACACAAAAAACUCAAAGCCAGUGUUGAAGCAGCUGGAAACAGGUAGUUUAGUUUUAUUAAAUGCAGUUCGGGCCAGGGGACGUAAACGUACCAUGGUGGGGUGA